AUGACCCAGAAUGAUGAGGGCAGACGCCCCUCUGACCCUCAGCGGCCCUUGGUUUCCUCCAAGUUGCCCUUCUCCAUCGACUCUAUCUUGUCCAAGGCCAACCCGCAGCCACGGGAAUCCCCUCGGGUUUCUGCGGCCUUUGGAGAACCCCCGACCUCCCCGUUCACCCCGAACUGGCGGCUGUCCUGCGAUUAUUCUGUGCGCUGGGUGUCCCCUUAUUCCAAUCUUUAUGUGUACCAGCCUUGUCCUAAGACCCUCUUGUCGGCGGCCCAAGUCCGGCACCCCGCUGGUGUCUUUCCAGACGUCGCCAGCCCUGUCAAAGGACUGGAGCGAGCUGAGCACUCAGCCCUGCAGGGACCCUUUACCUGGGGCCAGGUCGACUUCCUGAACAAGAUAAAUGGAAGCUCCAAGUCAAGCCGGAAGAGGAGCCGAACCGUGUUCAGCUCUGAGCAGCUGGAGGAACUGGAGAAGGCCUUCUUGAAGCAGCCAUACCUAGUGGGCACGGAGAGGACUCAGCUAGCCAAGCAGCUGCAUCUCUCAGAGACCCAGGUGAAGGUGUGGUUCCAGAACCGCAGGAUAAAGGGUCGAAAGCAAAGCCUGGAACAGAAGAAGAAAAAGGUGCCCGGCCCUGCCCAGGUGUCUCUUUCCCCACCCAUGUCACCCCAGGAGCCCAGCAGCAGCAGCAGCGGAGAAGACAAAGAUGAAUGCCCAGCCAUUAUCCUUGUCCUGUCCUCCAAUCAGCAGGGCCAUGGGCUUGUGGAUCCCACUCAGCCCCCAGCCUCCCUGGCAGUCUCCGAGGGGAAGGAGGUGGCUCCACAGCAUUUGUCCCCUCAGAGGGGCUGCCAGGAGGCACGUCAGGAUCUUCGGAUCUCCAAGGGAAGCCAGCUGGGCUGGCCACACUUCUCUCAGCCAACCAUCCUUCAGUAG